UGAACAUUGAAAGCUACUGUCAGUGUCAAAUCAAAUGACAUUAAUUGAAUAAUCGAAAGAAGAUACCUAACCUAAAGGCUCCCAGGAUUAUUUAUUUUUUAAAUUAAUUAUAAUCCUUUAAGAUGAAUACGGUUAGUAACAUAUUUAAGUAUACUGUAACUCGAUGUUUACGUGCUCAAAAUGCUAUCAAAGUUGCAGCUGUUCCAAUUUUCAAACGUGACGUUCAUACAACAAAACCAAAUAAUGACCUAAUGGAAUUCUUUGAUGCUAAAAAAAAUUGGGGAGAAACAAAUAUUAGAGUUGGUAGAGGAUGGAGGUUGGAUGAACUUAGAAUAAAGUCCAACUCAGAUUUGCACAAACUAUGGUAUGUAUUGUUGAAAGAACGAAAUAUGUUAUACACCAUGGAACAUGAGUGCAAACAGAAGGUGCGAUUAUUCCCCAAUCCUGAAAGAAUAGAUAAAGUCCAGGAGUCUAUGGAUAACAUAGAAACUGUUAUAAGAGAACGUAAUGUCGCUUAUUACAAAUUGGAGACAGGGGAGACUGGUGAGCGGCCUGUGGAAGAUGUUCUUAAUUUGUUUGGUUUACCAGAGAAGUAUGAAAAAAAAGAGCAUUUUAUUCCUAAGUUUAUGAACACCCGCUGGGUAAAACCAUACCUUGAGCAUGGUUUUAUAAAUAGUGCAGCAGUUAAGAGAUUUGUAAGAUUCUAUAAGGAGAAGCAGCACAAUGUUGAAAGGAAAGCACGCAACAGGGACUUCAAUCAUGUCCAAAUGCUAUUAAAGCGGUUCCCUAACAUGGACAUGGAAGCACUCAAAGCACAAUAUCCCGAUGUAGAUAUUGAGAAAGCUAAGCGUCACAAGAAAGCGAGGGGACACUUUAUGCCUAAAUAUUAAUAAAAUAAUAGUAGCUUAUAGUAAUAA